AUGGCAUCUUCAGCCAAGGCCACCACCCUCGACGAACUUCCUCGACCGCCAACACCUCCACGAGAAUCUUUGCCAGAUAAACUAGCUCCUAUGAAGGCUUCAGUCGGUCGUCCCAUCGACCCAAGACUGAGUCUUCAGACACCACCAGGCGCUAAUACACCAUCGUCGACCGGGGCAACCAACACCAAUUCAAGCUCGAGGCGGAUAAGGAAGAAGGUCGAAUGGUCAAGCCAUACCGAAUAUCGAGAAGCAUCCAAGUUUUUCAGAUCGUCACCGAUUACUACACCUUCCGCCUCAUCGAGGCCCGUUAAGGGUAUCCUCAAGCCGUCACCGUCUCCCAACCCUCUUGCUUCACCUCUUAAUGGCCAUCCCAACGGUCUCUCAAGCCAAAUUAGUAUCGCGGAAAUGUUGGAUUCGACAAUAAAACAGCUCGCCGGCCCCGACCGGGACUCGCGACUCGAUGCAUAUAUGAUGCUCUCUCGAGCUCUCAAGGCUUCCAAUAACCUGCCGGACCGGGUUGCCUUACAAGACAAGAUGAGCCUAUUCAUGUCCUUUAUCGAACGAGAUGUCAAAUCCAAAAAGGAUGAAGGGUCUCCCGACUCUUCCCUUAUAAUCCAAGCCCUCAACCUUCUAACGACCUUUUUGCAUUUUCCAGCCAUUGCUUCAUCCCUCACAUCCGACUUCGGCGUCUUCAUAAUUGACCACUGCAUUCGAUGCUUCUCCGACCCAGCACUCUCGAAAGACCUGGCACGUCACCUUAUGCAAGUCGUUGCUUUCCAGUCCUUUUCCCCAAAAGUCAUGUCUUCGGAUCGAGUCGGUCGGUUAGUCACAUCGUUACACAACAUCGAGGAUCAUUUGACCGGCAAGAGUAUCAUCAUGGGCCGUAUCCAGAUUUACAAGCGCCUUGUGAAACAAUCUCGAAACCAUAUGGCUGUUCAUACGGCCUGGUUAGAGGAUUUGUUCAUUGAUAUGCUUAGUACGAUUCGAGACAUUCGAGCGCAAGCGAUUCUCUUGGGCACGGAAGCUGGCUUUGCGCUGCGAAAUGAGAAGCCCGUGAUGCGCAAGGUGACCGAGAUUCUGCAAACGACGGACAAGAAACAACCAUACAUACAGUUUUACAUCCAGCAACUCGACACCAUGCUCAAAGAGAAGCAACUUUUGUCGACUGUCCCGCAGAUAUGGGGUGUAGUUACCCUUUUUCUACAGUGCCCCCUCAGCCGGUGGCAACACUUCGCUCCAUGGUUCAAGAUUGCGCAGGACUCGUUCAACUGUACCGAUUUGCAGACCAAGCAGGAAGCCAACUACGCUUGGAAUCGAUAUGUCUAUCUUUCAAUUACCAGCAACAAAUUGCCCCCCAAGUCACUGGGUAUAAUGGCACAACCCCUGGCAAGUCAACUACGGCGCAAAUUCAAUUCGAAGCAGCCGGAGGAAGCCAUGAAACUUCGUAGGACAGUGAUGAGUGGCAUUUGCAAUAUGUGUUACUAUGCCUUCCGACCUAGUCAAGAUGUCACAUGGAUCGACGCUGCCUGGGAUUUUGUCCUUGCACCUAUUAUGGAACAGCUAAUUCAUGUCGAUGCGCAACUCGAGUUUUCUGCUGACUAUGUCACGCAAGCGACACGGAUGGUGACCGGACUCCUCGACGUUUCGACCCCGAGAAGCUGGAAAGACGAUCGGAUCAGGGACAUUGCUCCCAUAAGCCCCGAGGAGCUGCCUUCGAUCGACUCAAGAUGGGCUCGUCGAAAUUCUGAGAAGAUCUUCGGCCUUGUUGGGCCAAUUCUGGAGAAGAAAUUCAACGACUUAGCCAAUACCGAAAGUUUAGCCUAUAGGCUAUGGCAAGCUUUCGUUGGUUCUAUCGCUGUCGCCUCAGCAAAGGAUAUCAAGGUGACCGACGAGACAGCGAGAUUCAUCGCCCAAGCUUUCGAUUUGUUGUCCAAGAUGUGGUCAACCGGAGUGCCCGAAGGGUCUGAGUCUGUUGGCACAAAAUAUUUGUCGAGUGUUCGGCAUUAUGUCGAUGUCCUUGUCCGCAACCUUGGCCUGCUCCCCUUCACUGAGAAGAAACUAUCCAUGUCUCUUGCUAAUACCUUUGAGCCUGCUUCAACCCCUAGCCGACUUGAUCGAACCGAUAAGUCAAAUAGCACUGUUCAGACGCCGCUUUGCCACCUAUUCUCUAUACUCUGUUCCAAACCAUCUGGCUUAGCUGACAAUGAAGAUCUCGCUGAGUGCUUCUUAGCUGUCUUUGAUCCAUUCUUCCAAGGCAAAUCUUCAAGAGCUCGAGUUGAGCUGUCUAGAGAGAUGCUUCGACUCUUGCCGCGAGACGCUCUUUCACCAUACGGUCCAUGGGUUCUCGCUGCCCAGAACAUCCGUACCCUGCUGGACCAAAACCCAUCGCCAUCCGGCUCGCUACCACCCAGCAGCGAGAGAUUACUUGGUCCGGAAUACCGAGAGAUAGUAUCGCUUCUCGAACGAGGACUUGUUUCGCACCCUACGCUCCCUGAAGAACAGUGGUUCUCUCUUUUCAACCUGUUAUCCGACCACAUCGCUCAAGAGUCAGGAGAUGCAGGUCGAGCUCUUGGUCUUGUCGAGCCUCUGGCCAAGAUUGUUACGGACAACUUCUUCGAGGAUUCCGAGAGAUCAAACCAAAUGGCUCUGGCGGUAGCGAUUGCGCUAUUUAAGAUUGCUAAGCUACCCCGAGAUCGUCAGGCUGUCGAGGCUGCUCGGCGACGACUUUGGGGUGCACCUCCCACGGCAUCACGAUCUUCCUCAUUUGACCCGUUCCAAUAUCUUUACCAGCUUCAAGGCCAGAGUAUGAAAUACUUCUACGAAAAUGAAGCCAAAUGCAACAAUGAAAAGAUGGUGGCCUAUUUUGAGAACGUCAACGAUUUCAUCGUUGCAUCCUUCUCGCAAAAUGGCAUCAAAACCCUUCCCAAGUUACAAACAGGACUCGUUCCCUGGAUUAAGGAUGAAAAGGCGCACAAGCUAUUGCGCAGCGACUCUCCUGUCUCCGGACCUGUACGGACUCUGUGGGACAACAUUUGUGGCCAGUUAUUGACACUCGGCCGAUUGGAGGACAAGGUCCUCAACACAAUUGAGCCCCUUGUUGCCGCCGGUUUUAGAAGUAAACAUCGUCACAUCGUAAACAAGAUGGCGGAGACGUGGAACGCUCUAGUAAAAGAUGAAGAAAGCUUGGACUGCUCUGAAAGCCUCAAGUCGAUUAUAGCUUCUUUACGGCCAAAGGUUGAUGUCUCGUUCCCUGGCAUGGAAGAUUCCAGUGGCGAGUUCGGAGCCCAAGCACAAACCUUUGUCGAUUCGCAGGAAGAUUUGAGCUUCGUCGCCCUAUCAUCUGCCAAGUCAUCGGGGCAAGGCGUUGAGCAAGCAGUCUCGCCUGCACCAUCCAUAUCAAGGAUGAGUCUAAGGGGUGCGGCGACUAGAAAGCGCCGCAGAGACGCCACCCCUGAAUCUACAAAAACAAAAUCGGCGAAGCGAACCACCACACCCCGUCUUCGCCACGACAACUCUCAAAUUCAAUUUGCUCCAAUUGUCUCAUCACCGUUGGUCGAGGAGUCUCAACAUCUCACUGAAAGACAGAUGGAGGUUCGUGAACGACAAGAAGAAAAUGCCGGUCUAUAUCCCGGUAUCCGAUCGAGCCCACGGACCCGAGCACAAGCUGCGAUCGAGGAGAGCUCCAAAGAUGCUGAGAUACAAAAGUCCAGCAAACUUCAAACUACUCCUGAACGCGCAGCUUCUUACGAUGAGUUUAUUAAUCUGACACCCACUCCCCGACGUGGCCAAGCUCUUCAUCUUGAGGGCUUAAAUGACCCACCUUCAUCACCACCAGACCCGAGACGCAACCCUCUAUUAUCUGAAAUACAAACUCGAUCAAAGGCUAGAGACUCGAUCGUUAACUGGCAGUUUUCUUCACCACCUGGUUCGCCCUCUGCCAGUCAACAGACCACUGAAGACCAAGCUGAGGUGGGGACUCCCUCUGCUAAGAACAAGACCUCUGGCAAGAACACACGGUCUAAGCGACGCAGGAGGAGGGUAGAAUCAUCAAAGAAGGAAGAAGUCAUUCCUUCGAGUCUUGUUAGCCAAGAGGUGGUAACUGAAGACGCGGAGGCACUGCCAGAUGCGCCUCCUAGCCAAGACGUGGAAGAGAUUAAGGAGGAACAGAUCGAACCACCUACCCUCAGCCAACUGGUUAGCCCCCAACGAACCGCGCCGCCCCCAGCACAGGUUCUAGAAACACCAAAAUCCGCAGACGAUGAGUUUGUGGACGCCAGGAGCAGCCCUGCAAAGGCUGUUGACGAUCAGGUCGUUGAGACUGAUCCCAAGGUGGCUAACAGCCAGAAUCAAGACUCAUCUUUUGCACUCAGUGAAGGCGAUGAAAGUAGUCUCAUGAGAUUUGUGGUCGAACUUGAAUCAAGACGGUGUCAUCUUCCAUUUGACAAGUACAACUCCGUCUCUAUUUCUCCCGAGAAGAAGAACGUUGCAUCUCCCGAGAAGUGUAUUGAGGUUCAGGGUGAGACCCCACCCGGGGAAGAACAGAACGACACAAAGGAGCCUUCGCCAUCAAGUGUCGUUCCCUCUACGCCCGUCGAAGCAAGCCCAGAGAAGACCGAGAGUCAAAAUACAAACCAAACUGGCAGCAAGAGGAAGAGAAAGCGAAGCGCCGUGUAUGCUGAGACGCGCCGCAAAAAGAGACGGUCUGCCGAGCCACCAGGACCAGAACAGGUUGAAGACAGUCAAUCAACGUCUCAAGAAACGGCCUCACCUGUUCCAACUGUACGACGGUCAUCCAGACGAAAUGCAGGACAAAAGGGCAAGGAGCUACGAAACCGAGAAGCACAGGCGUCGCCCACCAAAAGAUCCACACGAUCAUCUUCAUCUGAAGCGCCUCAGACAAAGUCGAACGAUGUACGGGACGACGGGGACACGGACGAAGAACUGAUGUCUCAACUAGUGACAGAGUCCUUUGCAGCCUCGCAAAGCCAAGAGCCUGAACUUGAGGAGCCUGAUGAAGUCAUUGAAGACUCUAUGGAAGUUAUGCCAAUUGACAGCGAAUCAGGGGAAGGAGAGGUCCGGGAGGAUCAGCCGCAAACAGAAGAGGAGGGCCAAGACGAAAUUGCCGAACCCAAAGAAGAAGACGAAGAAGAAACGCCAGUACCACACAAGACAAGAUCGAUCAUGGACACUUUUCGUGGUGGACUACAGCAAUUACAAACGGCAGCACUUAGUCGUGAUGAGGUUUACCAGCUAGAAGACAUGCUUAUGGAUAUGAAGAGGGAGCUCUUCGCAGCAGAACGACGAGGAAGACAUUGA